AAGAAGAAAGAAAUAAAGACAUGCGUCGAUCGGCGAGCGCCUCCAUAGUCUCCGACCAACUAUCGGCGAAACCUCCUUCACCAUCACCGUCUCCGCCGCGAAUUCAAACCGACGCAGACUCGGACGAUGUGGUGCUUCUCCUGCCUAGGUACGACCCAAACUCUUACGCAGGGAAGAAGGACAAAUCAAGACUCAGAUCCGCGGAGAACGCUAUCCAUUUCAUCCCUCUCCUUCUCAUCCUCUGCGCUCUAAUACUUUGGUUGGUCUCGAGUCCAGUCCAGUAGUAGCUAUGAACAAACAGUGACGAUGUUGGAGAAGUUUGAUAGCGUGAAGAGCAAGCUUCUCAACGAUUUGCAUUGUUUUACAGAGAUUUUGUUAGGUUUUUUUUUUUUUUUUUGAGGUUUUUCAUACAAUGAUCUGGAACAUAUACUUUUAGAUCAUCUCACUAUACAGAUUAAUACCUAAGAAACUCAGUUCUUAAAAAAAAAAAAACCCAUUCGGUGAAUUAAGUAUAAAGACUUUAACCAUAGGUCUGUAGCAUGAUAUGAUGAUGACUAUGCUAGCUCAUGUCAUGGUACCUGUAUCAAUCUUUCUAUAU